GCAUAGUCUUUUCUUCCAUCUUUUUUCCUAACAUUCCAUUUCCAAUACCCAAAUUAAUGAUCGUAAACAAAUGGGUAAUUACAAAUUCAGAUUCUCCAACAUGAUCCCAAACGCCUGGUUCCACAAGCUCAAGAACAUGAACAACAACACCAAAACCUUAAACCUCUCCAAACACAAAGACUCAUCACUGCAUUCACCGGAAUUCACCAAUUCCAACCAGCGAAAGUCUUACUACUUCACUAGAGGCCUCGCCCUUGUCCAGCCAAGCCGGCCAACACAACCCCGCCAAUUCUCCACCUCUGUUCCGACCGCCGACAACUCCUCGGAAUGUACGAACUCUAGGAGUUCAUUAUCCGAGCCUGAUUCUAUACUGACAGAAUACAGUUCGGAUUCGGAUAGGGGAACAGCAGGGGCUGCUGUGCAAAGUUGCAUUGCCGAGGACCCUGGCAAAUGUGGGCCCGGCAAAAGCGACGUUCAGUGCCGCCGCCUCCCGCCGAUCAUCACGAGGAAGGCGGCGCCGUCUGCCAGCCCGGUGAGGAGGCAGCCGUCGGGAAUAAAGCUCCGAGUGAAUUCAUCGCCGCGGCUGGCGGUUCACGGGCGGCGUCGGAGCAUGGUGGUGUUGAAGGCGUCGAAGGAUCCGCGGCGAGAUUUUAGAGAAUCGAUGGUGGAGAUGAUUUCGCAGUACAACAUCAGAGAGUCGAAUGAUCUAGAAGAAUUGCUUGCUUGCUAUCUGCUGCUCAAUUCCGACGACCAUCAUCACCUUAUUAUUAAUGUCUUCAAACAGAUUUGGUUUGAUUUUAUUCAUCUUCGCCUCCAAUAAUUUUAAUCACUUUUAUUUAUGUAUUAUAUUUACAUAUCACUUAUUUAAAAUAUUUGUAAUCCCUGUUUUAAAUGAAGCGUGAUUGAAGGAUUAUGGAUACAUUGGACGA